GGCCAUCUGUGCAGGGCUCGGCGCUGUUGAAGUUCUCCGGUUACGUUUCCUCUAGUCAUUAUUAGCUGGUUUCACCUCGUCUCUGCUCUCUUUACCUCCCGGUACCGGACAGGAGCCGCCAACAUGAAGCUUCUUGGGGCAAUUCUUGCGGUUUUUGCGUCGAUAGCUGUCACUAUUGACGCUACCGUCUACUUCAAGGAACAGUUCACGGAUGGAGAUGGAUGGAAGAGCAGGUGGCUGGAGUCGAAGCACAAGUCAGACUAUGGCCAAUGGAAACUGAGCGCUGGAAAGUUCUACGGGGAUGCUGAGGCUGAUAAAGGCCUUCAGACCAGCCAAGACGCCCGCUUUUACGCCCUGUCAGCCCGCUUUGAGCCCUUUAGCAACGAGGGAAAGCCCUUGGUCAUCCAGUUCACUGUAAAGCACGAGCAGAAGAUUGACUGUGGAGGUGGCUAUGUCAAGAUCUUCCCCUCUGACCUCGACCAGAGUGACAUGCACGGAGACUCGCAGUAUUACAUCAUGUUUGGGCCUGACAUUUGUGGAUACAGCACAAAGAAGGUCCACGUAAUCUUUAACUACAAGGGCCAGAACCAUCUCAUCAAGAAAGACAUCAAAUGCAAGGAUGAUGAGCUGACCCACCUGUACACACUGAUACUGAAUCCAGACCAGACGUAUGAGGUGAGGAUCAACAAUGAAAAGGUGGAGUCUGGUUCCCUGGAGGACGACUGGGACAUGCUGCCCCCGAAGAAGAUCAAGGACCCUGAGGCCAAAAAACCAAGCGACUGGGACGACAGGGCCAAGAUCGAUGACCCCAGUGACACCAAGCCUGAGGACUGGGACAAGGCAGAGACCAUCCCUGACCCUGAUGCCAAGAAGCCUGAUGACUGGGACGAGGACAUGGAUGGAGAGUGGGAACCUCCCAUGAUCACCAACCCAGAGUAUAAGGGUGAGUGGAAACCCAAGCAGAUUGACAACCCUGACUACAAGGGAGCCUGGAUCCACCCUGAGAUCGACAACCCAGAGUACACUCAUGACCCUGCAAUGUACAAGUUUGACAACAUUGGAGUAUUGGGCCUGGAUCUGUGGCAGGUUAAAUCUGGCACUAUCUUUGACAACUUCCUGAUCACUGAUGAUGUCAAAGAAGCUGAGAAGUUUGGGGAAGAAACGUGGGGAGUUACUAAGGGACCAGAGAAGAAGAUGAAGGAGGAACAGGAGGACACGGAGAGGAAACUGAGGGAGGAGGAGGAGAAGAGCAAGAAGAAGGAUGCUGAAGGUGAUGAUGAGGAGGAGGAGGAGGAGGAUGAUGAAGAAGAUGGUGAUGAGGAGCCAGAGGAAGAGAGCGAGCACGAAGAGGAGACGGAUGAGCACGCUGGGACAGAGGAUGAGGACGAGGACAGCAACCCUAAACAGAAGGACGAGUUGUAAAGCAGAGCAGCCGGUUGGCGGACUACUGUGUGCUUCUCUCUGCAGGUUCAAAGCAACAACAGAAAAUUAGCGAAAGCCCUAUGGACUCUGGCCUUUCAUACAGCAACCUUUUAUCCAAGUGUAGGGGUGAGGGAUGGAUGGGAGGUGGAGUCAGAUCAGAUUUUUUUUAUUGAUUCCCUUGUUGCUUAUUUUAGUCUUCAAAUUAGAGAAUGGAGAAGGGAUGACAUGUUUCCCCCUCUGUUUUGGUUAAGGAUUUUCUUAUUUAAUGUGAUUUUUCUGAAUGUGGUCUGUCCCAUGGUGCAUCCUGUAGUCACUCACAGAGCCUAUUCAUUUUUAUUAUUGCCUUUGUUGGGAUGUCUAGUAAAUCAAGGGUCUGUGAUGCUUGGUACUUUUUUCUCCUGUGUGAUGUUGAACUGUUUUUUUUAAUUGAUCCCCCUCAUAAUUUAUUUAAUUACAUGAAUUCCCUGAAAACAUGAUGAUCUGCAUAUGUCCUUCCUCCAACUCAUGUGAUGUGUGUGUGUGUGAGUGUGUUUGAGAGUGAGACUGCAUUAGACAAACUGUGAUUUUUACAAUCCUCAUUUCUCAUUGGUCUGGAUGAGUGACUGUCCCGUGGGCACACACUGUUUCUGAGUUUCAGUGAAUAAAUUGAAGCUUCUCUCAACAA